AUGUCUGGAACAAAGAGUGGUGCAACCUACCUUAUUGCUGUUAUUAAGAGUCUUUCUAUAAGUGGAGGCGAUAAACACCAUCGCGAUGAUGAAAAGGCUCGGCUAGAAAGUGAAUUUACAGCUUGCGAUGAUAAAUUAGAACGACUAAUUGCUGAAAAUUAUGAUCAACUUCAAGCUGCUUUGCAGGCUUUCACAGGAAUUAGGAAGCAUGUAACAGAUUCUUUAGAAACUGUAAAGCAGUUAAAGUCCAAGUUGAUAGCUUGUAAAGAGUUACUAAGCUACAGGCGUGAAGACUUGUUUAAGCCUUGGAUGGAUAGUGUUGAAGAAAAGCAGAAAAUAAAGAUAUUAGAUAAAAUUGAUAAAAUUCGAAGUACGCCCGAACAGUUUGAUAAAUAUGUGGCAGAAAAACGCUAUCUGCAUGCAACAGGACUACUUGUAACGACAUUAGAAUCAUUAGACGGCCAGCUAAAAUCCAUUGAAGGCUUAAGAGAACUGAAGGCGGAAUUACGGACUAGAAAAGAAAAAAUGCACGAAACGUUGAUUGAGGAAUUAAGUAACCAAAUAUAUGGGAUGGAAGAUUUAUUGCAGUCGCAGCCGGAAGAUGAUGGCGAAUACUUUGUCAAUGUUAUUGUUGAAGCAUUGAAUCUAUUAGGAAAAAUACCGGACGCUAUUGUAACUAUUGAAAGUAGAAUCAAGCGUGAAAUUCAAAUGAUCAUAAAGAAAACUAAAGCUCAAAUUUCUGAUAACCCACGAUAUAAAGCAAUGAGUGCCGGUGAUGCACAAAUUCUUUUAGAGUUUCUUAACCUUUUAUUUAAGAAAUUUUGUGCAGUUACCAAAGCACAUGAAGUAGCUGCGGAUGCUAUUGAUAAAUCACUGAGUGGUUCCAAUGUUACACAAAAUGAAAAUAUUGCUGUUUAUCGUGUAGCUGAUGUUUGGUCGGAGAUGCAAUAUGCUGUACAAAACAUUCUGAAUCAAUACUUAGAUGUGACGAAUACUGCUGCUUCUUUGCAAAUUAGAGCGCAAACGUAUAAAGAAGCAUCCAUUAAUGUUGCAGAAUACUACACGCAACAAGGUAGAUUUCUACGAACCGGUCCAAAACCGCAGAAAAAGGUUGCGCCUUUGAUUCUUUUGGUCAAAAUGAGCGCAACAGGGCCGCUCUUUCGUUUCGAUAAUUCUUCCCAUGCUAUCACAAUGAGUAGCUACCUAAUGGAAAAAAAGUUACAAGAUCCUAUUGCUGCUAUGGAGGACUACGAUGUUGAUAUUAAGUUACCUUGUACACCCCAUGCAAACCACAUUAACGCUGUAUACAAGGGAUUGUGCUCUUUUAUCGCCAAGGCUGAAGAAAAUCUAGGUCUUAAAGAAGGGAACCAUUGCCCACUGUUUCUGUUUGUAGACGCUUUCAUUUCUGAUAUCUAUCUUAGAAAAAUCCAAUUGCAAGUGAAAGAGAAAAUCGACUCAGUUGUGAAAGGUGUGAACGCUUUAAAAAAUAUGAUUGACAUGCAUACGCAAAAAUUAUUGAAACUGGCCAGACCAAUUUUACAUAGUACAGUCGUUAUCCAUACCGUCAUACAUGAUUUAGUUGAUAUGAUACAUGAUUUACCAAGAUACUGCCCAAAAAUUGUCGAUCUUUUGCUUGAAGUGAUUACCAAUUAUCGAGAUGUAAUUGCAGAAAUUUAUAACGGUGUACUGCGCUUUGCAUCUGACGGCGAAACUAAAGUUAUCAGCGCUAAGUGGGCCAAAGAUGCGUAUAUUAGCAAUUUAUUAAAAUCCUUGCCAAGCUGGAAAAAUAUCAUGUCCGCUUAUAGUGAAGAAACAAACGUGGAUGAUGAAAGUGUAACUACGGACCGAAACCAACAAGAAUCCGAGUAUUUAUCCAAUAAUUUAAGUAGUGAAAUGUUGCAAAAAGAAGAAAUAUUAAGCGAAUAUGAUGAUUUAAGAAUGUUGGGAAACUUGCACGAAAGCCUGGUUUGGUUUAGUGAUGCGCUGCUAUCAUUUUGUGAUGUUCUGAAACAUAGCAUUCCUAAGAACACAUCAGAAUCUCAGAAACUUAAUCAAGACGAGACAGAUUACUUUUAUGUUAUUAUCAAUAGCUCACUUAACAAGUUAUCGGAGGAUUUUAAGGAAAUUUCGGAAACUUGCCUCCUUGUUUUACAUUUGGAAGUGCGGUGUCACUGCUUCUUCUAUUUAAGUCGUGCUACAAAGAUUUCAAGCUACGAAUGCACUGUUGAUGCCUUGGAUCCCGAUCCUCUAGUUAUUGGUUUAAAUAAGGAUUUAGCCCGCAUUGAAGACACGAUGUCUACUUGUUUGCACCCUAAUAAAUUAAGGUGCCGUAAUAUAUUUGCUCUUCAACAAAACUUAAAUAAUAUCACCUUGAGUAGAGAAAUUGCUUUGGAUCGGUGUCGACAGUAUUACGAACUUCUAAAUUUAUCUACUGACGAUAUCAUUCAAUGCAUAAUUGAUAAAGGCAGGCUAUAUAAAGACACUGAAUAUAUUAACCUUCUGACGUUGCAAUCACGCCGUACUAGUUUUAGUGGCAGGAGAGAUUUUAAAGCAAAGAUUAAGCGGCUGCAAGAAGUUCUAAAGGAAAUUGCUUAG